UUUGUUUUGAUUUGUUAUAAGUUAAUUUCACUAGUGGAGAAAAAGAAUGGUAUAGGAGUUUAAUGUUCAAAGUGAAUUAAAAUGACUUGGCGAAAGUUUAAUGUUUCCGUUUUGCUGUGUCUUCUAUUAGCGUUACAAGGCUUGGCUGCCCCUUGUGAUUCUAAUCCCUGCGAAAAUAACGGGGAGUGCGUAGUAACGUCUGCCAGCGAGUAUUCUUGUAUUUGUCCAUCCAAUUUUGCUGGAAUCCAUUGCAAUUUGCCUCCACCAACCGUAGUAUGUGGGGAGGAGUUUAUUGAAGUGUCUAUUGACAAGAGAAUAGUGAUUGAACAAGGUCUUGCGGAUGAUACCAACAACGUAUACUUUAAGGGUACCACUGGGUGUAACGCCGAAGAUAGAAAUGGUGCAUAUCAUUUAUCGGUUGCUGCCAGAUUUGGUGAAUGUGGCAUUCAAGUAGAGCAAAGAGAAAACAGUUACAUGUUCAAGCAGCAAGUAGUUUGGAACAUGAUAUCUACCAGUGUGGAGCGACCGACUGUACUUGUGGAUAUAACUUGCAACUAUACAAGGGAUUAUGCAGUAUUGGCAGGACCCAUCAUUCCCACUGUCAACAAAGUGGAUUUUCAAACAAGCUACGGUGUCUUUACAGUUCAAAUGGAACUUUACCGAAACCAACAAUUUUCAGAAGAUGCAAAGUUUGGUAGACAACUUAUGAUACCAAUAGAACAAGAAGUUUGUGUGGAGCAAAGCCUGAUCAAUGUGAUGCCAGACCAUUUAGUUUUGUCGCUAUUAAGGUGCUGGGCGUCAACUGUAAGCGAUGGUACCGGAGACGUACAUGAACUAAUAUCUGAAAAAUGUGCCUCGGAUCCCACCGCACUAGUGAUGAGCAACGGACAAAACGACACCGCUCGUUUCUGUUUCACAAUGUUUAAAUGGCGAGAAUCAAUGAAUUCAGUUUACUUGCAUUGCAUGGUGAACGUAUGCAAUGUAACCGCAUACCCGGAAUUUUGUCAGUGUCAGUCGGAAAGAAAAAAGAGGAACGCUCCGAUGACAAGUGAGCGGCAACGUCGAGACAGCACGAUGGUCAGUACAGGCUUAAUUAGGAUUGUUCCGAGAGGGACUGUAAUACUUGCCGACCCCGGGUUGAACAAAGGAGUGCUAGGAACAGCUGAAAGCCCAUUGAUACCAGGUUCAAAUCCCGUUGACGGUGGAGGCUCCAAUUCGACCGUACUUAUUGCGGUGGGCGUUGUUCUGGUGACAGCUCUCAUUAUACUUGGAGUAGUGAUUGCUGUUUACGUCAGCCAUCGGAGAACGAACAUGAAAAAGAAACAGAGAAAACGAGGAAAGCUGGCGGAAAUGGUGAAUCGAAGAAGACAGCUGCCUGUUGCGUAACUAGAAUCCCAUAAAAAAUCGAUCAUUUAAUCCGAAUACCGUUGUAAAUUAAAAUUUAAGCUGCAGGUCACCUGGACGUUUUAAUUUUCGUUACGUCAAAUCCUUGGAAAAGGAAAAGGUCUAUCGCAGAUUUAGCUUUGUGCAUUUUUGCUUGUGUAUGGUUGUCAAACGCAGCAUACUUCACGAAGAUUUCAACUUUGAAGUAAAAAACAAUUUAUUUCAUGCUCAUUGCACUAUAGUAAUAACCUUAAGAUCCCCGAAUAAAGAAAAUAAAAUUGUAA